ACCAGACUCUGUUUCUGAACGGAGAAAACAGCGACAUCAAAAUCUGCGCUCUGGGAGAGGAGUGGAACUUGCACAAAGUGUACCUGCGGCAGGUAGACGUCAGUGGGUGAUGCAUCUCCCUGUGUGCACAUCCACUGCUGGGGAGGAAAGUCGUGGCUCCUAGCAGAGCAGCGCAUUUCGCUCCGCUUGGACGGAAACCUUUCACCCUCUAGUUUAAAAUACCUUGCCCUGAAGUCAGGAUACUUCUCCAGCAUGUUUAGCGGUUCCUGGAAGGAAUCCUGCAUGGACACCAUCGAGCUGGAGAUCCCCGACCAGAACAUUGACAUAGAGGCCCUGCAGGUGGCGUUCGGCUCGCUGUACCGAGAUGACGUGCUGAUAAAACCCGGCCGAGUUGUUGCCCUGCUGGCGGCCGCCUGCAUGCUGCAGCUGGAUGGCCUGAUCCUGCAGUGCGGGGAGACGAUGAAGGAAACCAUCAGUGCCAAAACCGUGUGCAGUUAUUACAGCUCGGCGGGGACGUACGGCUUGGACUCGGUGAAGAAAAGGUGCCUCGAGUGGCUCCUGAACAACCUGAUGACUCACCAGAGCGUGGAGCUCUUCAAAGAACUCAGCAUCAACCUCAUGAAGCAGCUGAUCAGCUCUUCUAACCUCUUUGUGAUGCAAGUGGAGAUGGAUCUGUACACUGCCCUCAAGAAGUGGAUGUUCCUGCAGCUGGUGCCUUCCUGGAACGGGCCUCUGAAGCAGCUCUUAGCACAAGCUGAUGCCUGGUUUGCUGAGCGAAGGAGAGAGCUGGAGGGUGAUGCUGCAUUCCUGGAGCUGGAGCAGGGCGCUGCCUUCCGGCCCGUGUUCGCUCACCUGCGCCUGCAGUACAUCAUCAGCGACCUGGCGUCGGCACGGAUUGUGGAGAGGGACGCCCUCAUCCCCCCAGGAUGGCUGUCCUCCGUGUACAAACAGCAGUGGUUUGCCAUGCUGCGAGUGGAACAGGACAGCGACACUGGGCCCCAAGAGAUCAACAAGGAGGAGCUGGAGGGAAGCAGCAUGAGGUGCGGGCGGAAGCUCGCGCAGGACGGCGACUACUGCUGGCGUUGGACCGGCUUCAACUUCGGCUUCGACCUCCUCAUCACUUACACCAAUCGUUACAUCAUCUUCAAGCGGAACACGCUCAACCAGCCCUGCAGCGGCUCUGUCAGCCUGCAGCCCCGGCGCAGCAUCGCCUUCAGGCUGCGCCUCGCCUCCUUUGACAGCAGCGGGAAAAUAAUCUGCAGCAGGACCACGGGGUAUCAGAUCCUGAGCCUGGAGAAGGACCAGGAGCAGGUGGUGAUGAACCUGGACAGCCGCCUGCUCGUCUUCCCCCUCUACAUCUGCUGCAAUUUCCUCUACACGUCGCUGGAGAAGAAGGCGGGCGGCACAGCGGCGUCGGAGGGCGCAGAUCAGCACUGAGCGCAUCGCUGCAACCCGGAGCCCGUCCUGCAUUGCUCCUGCAUUGCUCCACCGCUGCAGGUGCCCGCAGCCACUCCACUGCCCCCCAGCACCGUGCUGGGAGCAGCUCACACAUCCACCAUGGGGGGAACCCAGCCUGCUUUCGCUCAGGAACACUGUGACCACGGAGUGCCUUUGCGCCGGCCCCUUGGGGUGCUGAGGGCUCAGCGCCUUCGUUCCUUUGUGUUGUUUAUUUUUUUUAACGUUGGACUGUUGUUGGCGUUGGGAAUUUACAGCCCAGUUUUUUGCAUUCCCAGAGGGGACGUCGUCCGUCCUCUCAACAGCGUCUUUUUGUUUUUUUUUAAUAUUGUCAAAAAAAAAAAAAAAAAAAUUUUAAAAAAAAAAAAAAAAAAACCAAACCAAACACCCUGCUUGGAGCUGGUGAUGAGGAGCGUGGGGGGAGGCAGCCCAGAAUUGGGGUCAGGAGGAAUGCUGCCCGUCGCCCCCCCGCCUUGUGCCGUGGCUUCCAUGGCUCAGCACAGCCCAGCAAACGGAGCUCAGUCGGUUCCACGUUUUUAUUGGGGGGAGCCGAGGAGUACAACACCACCACCACACUGCCAGGGAAACCGGUACGAAAAGUACAAAAAUAAGGAAGCCUCUCUAUCUCUCUAUCUAUCACGGCUAAAAAUAAAUAGUGUAAACACGAGAGGAGAACAGCAG